AUGAAAGAAUUGCAAGUUUUCAGACCACAAGAUGAUGGGAGUUCUCCAAUGCAAGCCUUUCAUGCUUCACUAUCUCUUGUUAUUGCUAUGUGCGGCUUAACAGUUCUUUCCUUGAUUCUUCACAUUCUGGCACUUAUCUUUACGAUAAUUGGCUUUCGGCGAAGAAUUCGAGCAAUGGGUUACGCGUAUCACGUAUAUUUGAUCUCUCAAUUCAUGAUGUGGUUCAAUACAGCUGCCAAUGGGAUCUUCAUGCAAGUCUCUGAAUUCUUUUGGGUUGGCGCCUUCCUUUUGAUGAGUUCUGCUGUCCUAUUCAUUGUCAUGUUCUGGAGAGCAAAACGAAUCUUCGUCCCAAUGUUUCCCGAUCCACAAUAUCCACAAUUUGCUUAUUCAGCU